GAUAGGUUUUUUUUUUUGAACGUCCCGAUCUCUAAACGACUACCACAUUCCGUCGAACAACCACAUCCAAAAGCGAAGGGCGAGCCAUUGCCAGAUAUUUGCAGAGGCAGUGAACCUUUCGACUAAACUUCUUCUUUGAAUCCAACUCUUGACAACCAUGUCUGACCAGGCUAAUGCUGCGUGGCCCGUCGCCGACGAGGCUCUGACCCAGACUAUCCUUGACCUCGUCCAGCAGGGCUCCCACUACCGCCAGAUCAAGAAGGGAGCAAACGAAGCGACGAAGACCCUGAACCGUGGUGUCUCCGAGAUCGUCAUCCUCGCUGCGGACACUACUCCUCUCGCUAUCCUCCUCCACCUGCCUCUGCUUUGCGAGGACAAGAACGUUCCCUACGUCUACGUCCCUAGCAAGAUGGCUCUUGGACGUGCGUGCGGUGUGAGCCGUCCCGUUAUCGCUUGCUCUAUCACCACCAACGCUGCUUCCGACCUCAACAACCAGAUCCAGGCCGUCAAGAACCAGGUCGAGAGACUGAUGAUCUAAGGUGCUGGAAGCUGAAGCCAUCGCGACCGUUGAAGUGGCAUCUGAGUGUCGAACUUGCGAGUAGUUCUCGUUUGAUGUUAGGCGUGAUGUGCUGGUGUUAGCGGGGGAGUUUGCUUAGGUGGGGGUACAUGGUCUAUGAGUUGUUUUCAGAGAAGAAAAAAAUAUAAAUCAUUUGGAUGUGAUAUGAUGGCCGUAAUAUAAUCCGCGUAAUGAUGUUCUCUGGUCAUACGGCGUGCAAGGAGAAGAUC